AUGGAAUCUGGGAGAAGGGGAUGGAAUCAGGGAGAAGGGGAUGGAGUCUGGGAGAAGGGGAUGGAAUUUGGGAGAAGGGGAUGGAAUCUGGGAGAAGGGGAUGGAAUCUGGAAGAAGGGGGUGGCGUCUGGGAGAAGGAGAUGGAAUGAGGGAGAAAGGGAUGGAAUCUGGGAGAAGGGGAUAGAAUCUGGGAGAAGGGGAUGGAAUCUGGGAGAAGGGGAUGGAGUCUGGGAGGGCGGGAUGGAACCUGGGAGAAGGGGAUGGAAUCUGGGAGAAGGGGAUGGAAUGAGGGAGAAGGGGGGAUGGAAUCUGGGAGAAGGGGAUGGAAUAUGGAAGAAGGGGAUGGAAUCUGGGAGAAGGGGAUGGAAUCUUGGAGAAGGGGAUGGAAUCUGGGAGAAGGGGAUGGAAUUAGGGAGGAGGGGAUGGAAGCUGGGAGAAGGGGAUGGAAUCUCGGAGAAGGGGAUGGAAUCAGGGAGAAGGGGAUGGAAUGUGGGAGAAGGGGAUGGAAUCUGGGAGAAGGGGAUGGAAUCUGGGAGAAGGGGAUGGAAUCUGGGAGAAAGGGAUGGAAUCAGGGAGAAGGGGAUGGAAUCUGGGAGAAGGGGAUGGAAUCUGGGAGAAGGGGAUGGAAUAUGGGAGAAUGGGAUGGAAUCUGGGAGAAGGGGAUGGAAUCUGGGAGAAGGGGAUGGAAUCUGGGAGAAGGGGAUGGAAUCUGGAAGAAGGGGAUGGAAUUUGGGAGAAGGGGAUGGAAUCUGGGAGAAGGGGAUGGAAUCUGGAAGAAGGGGGUGGAAUCUGGGAGAAGGGGAUGGAAUGAGGGAGAAGGGGAUGGAAUCAGGGAGAAGGGGAUGGAAUCAGGGAGAAGGGGAUGGAAUCUGGGAGAAGGGGAUGGAAUCUGGGAGAAGGGGAUGGAAUCUGGGAGAAGGGGAUGGAGUCAGGGAGAAGGGGAUGGAAUUUGGGAGAAGGGGAUGGAAUCUGGGAGAAGGGGAUAGAAUCUGGAAGAAGGGGGCUGCGUCUGGGAGAAGGAGAUGGAAUGAGGGAGAAAGGGAUGGAAUCUGA